UCACUGCCGGUUUUAGAAUUACCUCUAUAGAGUAGCGCUGCCGGGAUAAAGUUUCCCAUCCGUCUUCGCGAGACUCGGACAAAGUCCUUCCUUUCUUCUGCGGUUUAGUGUUACAACUUUCUACCUGUUCAGGUGAACUACAUUGCUCAUGAAGCCAUCAAAGUUACCCAUCAAUGUCUCCCACUUGUGUCUACCUGACUGGAUCUAACCUGAACCACAGCCUCAAAUCACAAUGGCGGAGGCCUCCGCACCGCCUCUCGACAAUGCCAUUUGCCACAUCUGCCUGAAGCCCCUGGACCAAACUUCAGACACACCCUGUGGGCACACCUUCUGUCGGGCCUGUCUGUCAAGCUGCCUUCUCGAGAGCGACCUUUGCCCGGUGUGCCACGAGCCAUUCGUGCUACAGAAUGGUGAGAAACCCAGGCUGCUGGUGCAAAAAUUGCUGGACAGGUUGACUGUAACGUGCCCUGCCACGAAUGCCCUGACCGCUGCUGACUUGGAAGACCAUAACAAGAGUGGGCUACCAGAACCUGUCGUGGCGAUGGAGGACACCCCACUGCCACCCGUUACCUCAACAGAUCCAGGGCGUCAAUCUCCGCGACCGGACUUGUGCGCUUCGUGCGGCCACAGCCAUCAGCUGGAGGAGAACCACGAGUAUAUAUACAAAGACGAGGUGGACAACGACCUGAUGUGCCACAUCUGCCUGCAGCCGCUCAUCCGGCCACUAGACACGCCCUGCGGGCACACCUACUGUCAGGAGUGUCUCACCAACUUCCUGCUGGAAAGUGACUUCUGCCCAGUGUGCCGAGCAUCCCUCAUGUUGCAGAGCUGCAGGAAGCCGAGCCUGCUCGUGCAUAAGCUGCUGGACAAGCUGACGGUGGUUUGCCCCUUCAAGGAUCACUGCACUGAAGUCCUGGCCCGAGGGGACAUGGAGGAUCACAUCAAGUGCAGGUGUAAAGGCGCCUCUCACUAUGGACUGUCGGCGGAAAGAAAACGGCGCUCUCAGGAGGGCGAGUGCACCGACAGCACAUCAGAGCUCACCAUCGCCACGCUGCCAGGCGAUGGGCCCACGUCCGCCGCCGUAGCCCUGCUGUCGGACGAGGCGGGUUUGGUCAACCCGGCCUUCGACGCUAGCAUGGAGGAACACAGCCAGUCUGGCAGUACCGGCAGUUUGGCAGCCCGCUGCGGCAGCAAGAAGAGUGAGUUGCGUAGCCGUUCUUUCCGAAAGCUCAACCGGGCAUUCAGUGUACUGCGGAGGACCAAGAGCGGCACCGCCUUCAACCAUGAGACAUCAGAGGAGCGGGACAACGCUAGGAAUUCCAGUGUGCCGCAAGGAGUGUUGGCUCUGCCGCAGCUGCAUCACCUGAUCCCCGACGGGGAAGUAACCAGUAUUAAAAUCACACGGGCGGAGCCGGCCGAGCCGCUCGCCAUCAGCGUGGUCGGUGGCAACGAGACGCCGCUUGUGCGCAUCCUUAUUCAGGACAUCUACAGGGAGGGGGUGAUCGCCCGAGACGGCCGCCUGCUGCCCGGGGAUGUCAUCCUCAAGGUGAAUGGCAUCGACAUCAGCAAUGUGUCCCACUGCUACGCGGUGGCCACCCUCAAGCAGCCAUGCCAGCUGCUGCGCCUCACCAUCCUCCGAGAGCAGCGCCACCGUUACCGCCACCCACAUGUGGCGGGCGUCGCCGGUGGCCACCCAUCCUACGGCCAACCCCAUCACCUACCCUUCCGGGAUGACAGUGUCCACGUGGUUUUGAGCAAAAGCGCACCCGACGAACAGCUGGGCAUCAAGCUGGUGCGCCGGCCCGAGGAGCCCGGUCUCUACAUCUUUGACCUGCUGGAGGGCGGGUUGGCGGCUCGAGACGGACAGCUGUGGGUCGGAGACCGCGUGCUAGCCAUUAACGGACACGAUUUGCGCUACGGAGCUCCCGAACAUGCUGCUCUGCUUAUACAGGCGAGCGAGGAGGGCGUCCACUUUGUUGUGUCCCGUCAGAUCUGCUUGCCAACGCCGGAUAUCCUCCAAGAAGCUCCAUGGGCCAUGGAUGGCCCCCCGCCAUAUUCCCCUGUGGACAUUGAGCAAACACUGCUGGACUCGUGCCAGAAGCCAGCCUGCUAUGAGAAGACGGUGACGCUCAGCAAGGAGCCGUACGACUCGCUGGGCAUGGCGGUGGCCGGCGGCAUGUCGAGUCGCGGGUGGGACCUUCCCAUCUACGUCACCAACGUGGACCCCGACGGAGUGGUGGGCCAGGAGGGCUCCAUACGUAAAGGCGACAUCCUACUCAACGUGAACGGCGUUGAUCUGACAGGGGUGACGCGGAGCGAGGCAGUAGCCAACCUGAAGAACACGUCAUCGCCCGUGGUGCUAAAAGUCCUGGAGAUGCGACCCCCCGAUGAGAGCCCUCCAGAGGGCGAGCCGCCGCCCUGCCUGUCGUCCUCGCCCGACGGAAGCGCCAAGAACACACCACCCAGUAACGACUACUCUCCACUGUGGGUGUCGUGGCUGCAGCUGCCCAGGCACCUGUACAGCUGCAAGGACAUCGUGCUGCGACGGAGCAUGUCGGGCAGCUUGGGCUUUAGCAUUGUGGGCGGCCAGGAGGAGGUCAACUGCAACCAGUGCUUUUUUAUACGCUCCAUUGUCAAGGGCACGCCGGCCUACAACGAUGGCGGGAUAAGGUGUGGGGACAUCUUACUGGAGGUGAACGGAAAGAGCACGUGGGGCAUGACCCACAUGGCGUUGGUACGUCUCCUCAAGGAGCUUCGGGGAAGGAUCACGUUGACCAUCGUGUCCUGGCCGGGAAGCCUGAUGUAGGAAGACGAAAUGGACUUUGGAGUGGCACCCUCUAGAGACUGGACUUGUUUGUCUAUGGGGAAAUGGACACUGAACCAUCAGGGUUCUACUGUUGUAAAUGUCGGGUGUGUAUAGAAAAAAAAACUACUGAUUGAAGCACUUGUACUAAAUCUGUUUAUCAUACAACACAUUGCCAAGUAGUCGUCUAUGUGGUUUGACUCAUGUGUUCAUAAAAUGUUUCAAGAUACUAUUUAAAUAAUGAGGUGACUUUGUGGAGGCCUUACUCAUUUUCUUACUUUGAAAAGAAAAACUGAAUUGGUUGCUGUAUAUCCGUCGGCGAUUCGCCGUGGUUGUUUAUGUCCGCUUCGGCCCGUGUCGUCGUAUAUCUGAUAUCGGUACACUUGGUUCAGUGGUCAAUAAAAGUCUUUGAAAAAAAGCAUCACUUGCUGAGUUCAUUUUAGUUAGUUUAGCUGUGUUGG